AUGGCAACAGUCUUGCCAGCCGAAACCAGACACAGCGUUCUUGUUGGGCUGCAAGAAGUUCCAGCAAGCUCCUUCGUUGAUGCCACUACCAACCAUGACGAAUAUCCAUGGAGCUACCUGACGGCAGACACAUGCCCAAGUACUCCGCCCACCUCCGUCAGCGAUUGCCAAACAGAGAUCAGUCGGCCGUCAUCACCUGUGAGACCUGACGACCAACCCAUUGUUGCCGUUCUGGGCGUGGGCUACGUCGGCAGCCAUCUGGUCGAGUCAUUCUCCAAGCGUUACGACGUGAUCGGGUUCGACGUCUCGCACGCCCGAGUCCGUCAGCUUCGAGAGGAUAAUGCUGCCAACGCGUCAAUGGAGUUCACAGACAAUGCUCGGAACCUCUCCAGGGCAACACACUUCCUAAUUUCUGUACCAACGCUCCUGCGUCCAGACAGGACGAUUGACUCUUCGUACCUUAGGGAAGCAAUCAAGACCGUGGGGCAGGUGGCCCGCCGUGGCUCAACCGUUGUUGUCGAGAGCUCUGUUGCCGUCGGCAUGACCCGGCAAUUGCUUGGUCCCCUGGCUCAAGCGAGUGGUUUCUUCGCGGGAAUGUCUCCAGAGCGUGUCGAUCCCGGUCGCGUCGAGCCGCCCGUCCAAGCCAUACCGAAAAUCAUCUCCGGCCUUGACGAUGUGGUACCCGGGUCUCUCGAUGCCAUCCAUCGCGUGUAUCGGACCAUCUUUGACAAUGUAGUCACGGUCUCCAAACCUGAGGUCGCCGAGAUGAUGAAGUUGUACGAAAACUGCCAGAGAAUGGUGUGCAUCGCCUAUGCCAACGAGAUGGCGGACGCGUGCAUUUCCCACGAUAUCGACCCCUACGAGGUAUGCAGUGCAGCGUCGACGAAGCCCUUUGGCUACAUGCCCUACGCACCCGGGGUGGGAGUCGGCGGCCAUUGCAUCCCAGUCAACCCGUUCUACCUGCUGUCAAACAACAGCUUCCCGCUUCUUGAGGCCGCAACGAGCGCCAUGUGGUCCCGGCCUGCGAAGAUUGCAGACAGGGCGCUCGAGUCGUUGCGGAAAUUGCCCAAGCGGUCCGCGAAGCCCAGGGUGUUGGUGGCAGGGAUGGCCUUCAAAGCUGGGCAAACGUCGUUGAGCAACUCCCCUGGCUUGGAUCUUGCAAAGAGCCUCGCCAUCUCGCAGGAGGCCGAGGUGAUCUGGGCAGACGCGCUCGUCGAUCAGGACGCGAUCCCGCAGAUCCCCCGUCUUGCAGACAGCGAGUGGACUGUCGAGGCGCUCGAAACAUUUGACCUAAUCAUUGUGGCUUUGAAGCAGCGCGAGAUGAACUUUGCUGUGCUGAAUGAAUUGAGGGGCACCAAUGUUGAGAUGUGGUGUCGUUGA